AUGAAAGAUUUGUUAAUUAUUAUAUGUAUCCUGAUUUUAUCGCAUUUUACAAUAUGUCAGAAUUUGGAUAAAGAUACAAAACCACUUGUAUGUGAUUGGGAACACAUAAAUGGAGUUAGUGGAUGGAACUGUUAUAAUAAUAAAUUUUAUACUGAAGAUGAUGGUAUGGCUUUGGAUUUUACCAAAGGCAAUUACACAUCUAUUUGGAGAAUGGUACCAGAAGACAACAAAAAUAAACAUGGUUAUCCAAUAGAACUUAAAAGUGUCAAAAGACUUAUUUAUGAUAAAAUAAACUGGUUCCGUUUAGUACAUAAAGUUAGUUCACUUUAUGAAGAUGAAAAAUUAGAAAAAAGUGCCCAAGAACGUGCUCAACAAAUGGCUGCCAAAAAUACUAAAAAAGUAUAUCCAAAAGAUCAAAAAAAUCGUAAAGAAAGUGUUUAUUGUUCUGGUAAAGAUAAUAUAAUUGAUUCUGUAUUAAAAUGGUAUAAUCAACGUUAUAAAUAUUACUUUGGUAAUACUGAAAAAAAUAAAAAUAGAAAAGAAGUUAGAGAUUUUGUUAAUAUGGUUUGGAAAAAAACAUAUUCAGUUGGUUGUGGUAUAGCAAAUAACUAUGAAAAUUAUUUCAUUGCAUGUCAUUAUUCACCACACCUUAGUGGUAAAUUUAAAGAUAAUAUUUUUAAAGCUAACCGUCUUUAUGACAGCAACAAUUUGACUUCAAUAUAA